GCUAGGAUUGCUUGUAGCCGUUUGACUGAGGACUGUAGGUGUGCUCAGUGGACCUGUCUGCUGGACCAGGUGCUCUCUGUAGGUUUGGCUUUUGGAUGCCGCUGCUGCUGCGGCAACGUUGUUGCGCACGGCUGCUGAAGAAAGGAGGAAAGGUUAGUGUGUAGCGGUGUAAGCAAGUGAAAGUUGCCACAUAGCACAUAGCUUGCUUAUUGUGCACUGUAGUGACACAGGCCUGUGUAGAAACAAACUGCUCUGGCCCGAGAGAAACCCAGCAGCUUCAUCCCUGACUGAUGGACGUCUUCGGCUUCGUGUGCGCCGUCCUUCUGUGCACUGUUGUGGUGCACGGGAAGCCGACGUUAAGGAAAGAGAGAGUUCAUCAUGAGCCUGAACUGAGCAGGCGAACGCACGAAGACAAUAAAAGCUUCCAGUACGACCAUGAGGCCUUUCUAGGCAAAGAGGAGGCCAAAACAUUUGAUCAGCUCACCCCCGAGGAGAGCAAGGACAGGCUUGGUAAGAUCGUGGACCGGAUAGACAGCGAUGCUGACGGCUACAUCACCACAGCUGAGCUGAAGACUUGGAUAAAACGUGUACAGAAGCGUUAUGUGUAUGAGAAUGUGGCAAAGGUGUGGACAGAUUAUGACCUGAACAAAGACAACAAAGUUUCAUGGGAUGAGUACAAGCAAGCCACGUAUGGAUACUACCUCGCCAACCCGGAGGAGUUUGAGGAUGCCACGGACCAGUUCAGCUUCAAGAAGAUGCUUCCUCGAGACGAGAGGAGGUUUAAAACAGCUGAUCUGGAUGGUGACUUGGCAGCAGACAGAGAAGAGUUCACAGCAUUCCUCCACCCUGAAGAGUUUGAGCGCAUGAGGGAUAUUGUGGUUCUGGAAACCCUGGAGGACAUUGACAAGAACGGCGAUGGACAUGUGGACGAGGAUGAGUAUAUUGCGGAUAUGUUUGCUCACGAGGACGGAGGUCCAGAGCCAGACUGGGUGAAGACUGAGAGGGAGCAGUUCUCUGACUUCCGAGACUUGAACAAAGACGGUAAGAUGGACCAGGACGAGAUCCGCCACUGGAUUUUGCCCCAAGACUACGACCAUGCCCAGGCUGAGGCCAGACAUCUGGUUUAUGAGUCUGACCAAGACAAGGAUCAAAUGCUGACCAAAGAAGAAAUUCUUGAAAACUGGAACAUGUUUGUUGGAAGUCAGGCCACCAACUAUGGAGAGGACCUCACCAGGAACCAUGAUGAGCUCUGAGCUGUCAGAGUGUGUGUGUGUGUGUGUGUGUGUGUGUGUGAGGAGGGUUGUUGAACAUCUUUGUCUUCAAAGACAGAAUCACAGACUCUUAAGCCUCCUCCUGCCCCCACUACCACCGCUCCAUCCUUUCUCUCAUAACAGUGGGACAGAUGUCAGUGUGCCGGAUGCUGUAGAUAUCAGUCGAGCAGAGGAACAAAGAUCGGUCCUACCACUAACACUAAGAGUCCAUCUCGGUGUUUAUGUCGACGGGCCUGUUUCUGACAUUCAGGAGCAAAGCCAGACUCAGUGGACGUGCUUUCCAUCGAUGGUGCCUUUCAGCCGUGUCGUCGGCUUCGCUGCCUCAGAGGACUGUGCAGAUAGUCUUUUAAUAAAACCUGUCAAAGCUGAAUGCUGAGCUUUACACGGAUUGUCAGAUACACGAAUAGUUUUUGAUAACACCAUUAAUGUGAAACAACAGCUCAGAACAUUUAUGCUGAUUUUUAUUUAUUUAUCAAAUAACUUCUGAACUACACAUGAUGUUUCUUUGUUUACAGUUUUUUUUUGGUCCAAUUUUUUUUCUGUACUAGUUAAAUGCUAUAAAGCUAACUAAUGUUUUACAGCAUGGUUUUUGCACGUGUUUGGUUUUUAGUUUAGCCUGUGAAUGGAUUUUUUUUUCUUUGUUCUUAGUUUGAAAUGUAUUUAUUGCUAUACCUAAGGCCAACAGUAUGCUCUAUGUUACAUUUUUAUUGACUUUUGCUGAUGUUACAUUUGAGCUUUACCUUUAUACAGCUGCCCAAUUUAACUAAGGUUGGAUUUUUAAAGUACUCUACAGGCUUGAAUACAUAAGAGGAGGGAAGUCAAGUUUCCUGUCCUCACCUCUAACAUGACUCCUUCCUUCCUGUAAAAUCACUGAGGUCAUAUUCUUUGUCAAUGUUUUCUUUGUCAAUGUUUUGUUUGCUACCUUUGACAUUAUGUAUACAAACAUCACAAAUGUAUUUUUUGUCAUUUUUAUCACACAUUUUGUAUUGUGGAGCUUGUUUUACACGUGCAUAGAACAAUGCAGGGGUCUUGUCAUUUUAAUCAGUUUAUUGUCACUCAAACUCCUUUUUUCUCUUUCUCAUGUUUUUUUUUGUUACUACUCUGUUGUCUCAAACCACAGUUAAUGGUUCACAUCACACAUGAGCAGAAACAUAUCAACAUGUCUCAUUUUUCACACUGCACAUGCUCACGAAUUGUCAA